AUGACGAACAUACUGACCGUCCUCCCUGACUUCGACACAUCCCCCUACACACACAUCCUGCCGUCAUUGGAAAAGGCGCUGGUUUCGACAGCAGACCUGCUCACUCUCGACGCGGUCGAUAUUGCCAAACGCGCGCAAGUGCCACCCGGCGAAGUGAAGAAACUCGCGGAUGCACUGCUCAAUGCUCUGCAUACUGAUGCGCCUGCAGAUGAUGCCGGCGCCGCUGCAAAGAGCGCGCCCCACAGUUGUGUGGACGUAGCACGGCGGUGGGCAACGAUUAGCACCCUCGACGAUGAUCUGGAUCAUGCCCUGGGAGGUGGCAUUGCACUCGGUCAAUUGACGGAGAUUGUAGGUGAAAGUGCUGCGGGUAAAACCCAGCUUCUUUUGACCCUUCUUCUUGCUGCCCAGUUGCCAAGUUCUCGUCCACGUGGAAGCGAACAGCGCUCCGCUCUGUACAUAUCCACAGAGGCUCCCCUUUCAACUGCACGCCUAACUCAAAUCUUGAAGAAACACCCAAAGCUUUCCGAUUUGUCUGUUGACGAACGUCCAUCCCUGAAUCGGAUUCACAGCACACAUAUCCAUGACCUCGAAGCUCAAGAACACAUCAUCCGUUAUCAAGUGCCAGUCGCAAUACAAAAGCACAACGUUGGCCUUCUUGUGAUCGACUCCAUCGCCGCUAAUUACCGCGCUGAGUUCGACAAAGGGAGAGCCGGCAAUGGCGCAGAGUCCAUGGCAAAACGCAGUAUCCAGCUUGUACGGACAGGAGCUCUGCUACAGAACAUCGCUCGGACGUACAAUGUCGCAGUCGUUGUCGCUAAUCAAGUAGCCGAUCGUUUCUUGAGAGUUGAAUCCACGCUUCAAGCGCCGAGCCAGGCGACACAGGGCACGCGCCAAGGCUCACCGGCUCACAGCAUCGGCAACACUCGGAGCGCGUCAACACAACCGCCUUCUACAUUCUCUGUGUUAUCGACAGACGAUCCACUUGCGCUUGACCAUCAGCAGCGCUUCUUCACGGGUUGGGGAGAUGACCCGUCCAUCACCAACAUAAAAACGCCUAGUCUGGGCUUGGUAUGGACCAAUCAGCUCGCCACUCGGAUUGCGCUUCUCAAGGAACCGGUCUACGAAGACAAGAUCUAUGCCGCUGGAGAUGAAAGGAAUCUCAUCGGCUGGACGCGAUCGUGCAAGGUCGUUUUCAGCGCAUGGUGCGGAGAAGGCAACACAGUUUUUGAGAUUUGGGAAGGUGGCAUCCGCAGUAUCAGCUCAUCUGGACGCCCUGGGGUGGACGAGGCAGCACCCUGA